UUAAUGAGAAAAGACGACGAAGUGUAGAAAACGAGAAAAGAUUGUAAAAAAUAUUUUUUAAUAGGAAAAGUUGCAGAAAUUUGUGAAAUUGGUGUCAAAAUCGAGAGUACCCGCAGCCCCAAAUAUAUAUCCAAUGAAAUUAUGGCCGCGGAGCAACGUGUAUUGAAACAGGAUGGCUAUUUGGAUGUGGGCAAUGUCGAGGAAUCGCGUAAUAUCGCCUACCAUCCACAUUUGAAUGUAAUUCUUGUCUUCGACUCCAGCAAUCAAGUGAAAAUUCUCGAUGUGCAUUCUGGAGUUAUUUUACAGACCUAUAAUUUGGGUGGAAAUGAUAUCGAUAAAAAUGUGUGUGGAAAGUACAUGCCCCUACAGGAGAAAGUACUUCUUUGGGAUGGUCAGAAUUUAGGUUUUCGUGGAGACUAUAAUGGUGUGUUGCUAUUGGAUACAAUUCUUCAGCCACCUAUUUUACAAAAUGAUGAUCUUAUCAAAUUGGAAUUGCUCCUAUCUGAAGCGAUCAUAUUUCAGUCUUGUCUCAAAGAUCUCGAACACGAAGGCCUGGAGUGCCCUAGUGACGUUAGUAAUGAAUUACUGGAAAAAAUAAAAAAUGCGCAAGCAAAUGCAAAAAAGGGUAUUAAAGCUCAAAGGUGGAACACAAUUUGUUUGGAGGUGUCAUAUUCUAGCCUAAAAUUAGUCGCAAACAAUGUUGUUAUUAUGUUAAAGCGAUUGGAGCGCCACAUUCCCGCUUUGGCUAUUGCGUCGGCAAUAAACGAACGAUUAACUGAUCUUUUAGCCGGCUCGCGCAUACCUGAUUUGAGUUGGCACGGCAGUAAUUUUCAACGUGUUCUCAUGCAUUCGGAGGCUGUACGCAGACAUACUUUUGAAAAGUGGCCACACAUGGACUAUAAAUGGGCAUUACCAGACCAGAUGGCGCAAGCCGGCUUCUAUCACCAACCGUCGUCGUCUGGGGAAGACCGUGCCAUGUGCUUUACGUGCAGUGUUUGUUUAGUUUGUUGGGAGAAAACCGAUGAACCGUGGAGCGAACAUGAACGCCACUCUCCGAUGUGUCCCUUCGUCAAAGGCGAAUACACACAAAACGUUCCAUUAUCUGUGACAUAUGCGACAAAUCCGGCUGUUCCUACUCCUGGUCUUGGCUUUGAUGUUAUCUCCAACAGUGAUUACUCUAACGUGUUGUGCACCAGCUGUACGCAGACCGGUGAGAUAACUGUCUGGAGUAUUGAACGGCACCUGAAAAAGAUGCAUUCAUUCAACAUUGCCUCCCUGAUGAAAGAUAUUUGCGACGAGGGAUAUGAAUGGGCACACGUUACAGCGAUAUGUGUGCUGCCAAAUGCUCGUGCGCAGUGCAAAAUAAAUGCAAUUACCGCCACUCAAUCGGGAGGAGGGGGGAGUGGUAGUGGUGGCGGGAUUGUUAACACCAAUAUGACUGGAAGUGGCUUAGUGCAAUGUUCCUCCACGUCGACCCUUCGCGCAGGGGUCGUAGGUUCAAAGAUAGUAUUGGGUAUGAGCAUUCGACAAAAUACCGGCGAGUACUUACUGCGCGUGGUGGUGUUAAACAUCGUAGAAAGCGAUCGUGUACAAGAAAAGGCCGGUGGGGGUGGAAUUGGUACUGGUUCUAGCAGUGGCAAUACAAUCGUUAAUGGCAAUAGCAACAUUGGUAUAAGUCAAAAGCCACAACUAGUUGGAGCCACUAAUGGCGAUAAUGGUGGAGGGGGUGGCGAUAGCAACAACAGCGAGAAACUGAGUGACAAAUAUGACCAGCGAGACGAUGACAACAAAUCAUUAUCUUCGGUUUUCGAAAAAUAUGCCGAUGGCUUCGACAGUAAUGGAUUCGUAUCGGAAUUGAUUGCUCUGAAAAAGGGUGACUGCGUUUUAGGAGAUAAAUCCGACACAUCAGCUUUAAACGAUUUGCUGGAAAAUGAGCUUACUAAAAUGGAUCAACUCUGCGAUUUAAGUGAUAUUUCACAGUUAUUGGAAAAAACCAAUGACGGUGGGAGUGGCACUGGAAUUGGCGUCGGUGUAGGCGUUGAAAGCGAUGUUUCGAUUAAUGUCAAUGACAUAGAAAUGGACGCCAACUAUUUUAAAGAAAAGUUGCUUGCUGCUGCCCAAGCAGCACAAGCCGCACAACUAAAUAACAUAAAUAACAAUGAUAAUAUCAAUAACAAUAGCAACGGCAAUGAAAAUGAUGGAACAAGUCUUCAAAAGCUGACUGUUAACGAAGAUAUUGACUGUGUAGUUGAAAGUUGUACGAUUGUGCGUCGAAUGAAUGCGCUAAUGUCAAAUAGUGAAGACAACACUAGCACUGAAGGGAGCGUUUCUAGCGGUCGACGAGAAGUUAUUGAGAUUGACGAGAUUUUGCCGACAAACGGAAAAUGCAAUCAACUACUGGUGAAAUUAGUAAAGACUAAGGCUCCGAAUGAAGCGCCGUGUAAGAUAAUAAUGGCAACUGUGGACAUGGACUUGGAAGAUGAACGUAUGGAGGAUAAUGCAGAUUUUAAUUCAGAAACUGUAGCUGCUCAGCUUUUGCUUUUUGACUACGUUGAUUCGGCAAUUUCCAACGAAUACAAUUUGGCAGUUACUUUCAGUCAAGCGAAGUGCCCUCAACAACUGUGUAUUUUACCGAGUUUUCAAAUAUCUGAAUAUGACCAAAAUAGUUUAAAUACAGAUUUCGGAGCACUCUGUGUCGUAUGUGCUGACGGAAGCAUGGAAAUUUAUUCUCUAGCAGACUUUCAGCCCAUUACGGUUAUUGAAGAGGAAGGCGAACACUUCGUUUCAGUUGCUUACUGCCGAAGUUUGGAUCGGUUGUGUGGUUGCACACGUAGUGGAUCCCUAAUAUUUUAUUCUUUGAAUGAUGCAGGAAAUGAAUCUGGGGAUGAAAUGCUGGAAAUGGAAGAAGAUUGUAAUGCAGCAUUGGCCACGACAUCGGCCACGAUUCCAGGUGGGAGCAUUUUCCCACAUAUUAGUGAUUGCAGUAGCAACGCCACAUGGGCCAAUACGUCUCUCACUGUGCCAGAUGGCUUGAGCAAAAGUGUUGGUGGAUCUGUUAUAUCCACAACAACUGAUUCAACUACAAAUGUAACUGAACCAUUGACGAGUGACGGCGAAUCAAUUGGCAAUGCCCCUUUAUUGGCCGUACCCAAUAUUAAAGUCGAUUGCGGUGGUCAAGGUUCCAGCAAUAGUCCCAGUGGCAACGGUAUCAUAAACACUAAUAAUUUGUCGCAAUCCUCACCAUCGCCGUCAUCGUCUUCAAUCAAUGCCCCUUUGACUUCGAAUUUAUUGGCAUACAAAACAAGUGCACUUUCAUUGGAUGAUUUGCGUACGCUUUACGAACUCACACAAUUUGACGAUGUUCUGGCCUUGUAUACUGCUGAAGUGCCGAGCUGCUGGAAUGAUUUAGUGCAGGCACAAAAACAGCGGAAGCAACCGCAGCACUUACGCCAUGGCGAUGAUACCCAAUUCACAAAAACAUGGCGCCUGCAUAACGAUGCCACCACUUGGGAUGAGCACAUUAUUGAACUGAACCUCGUGCAACCAGUAAGCUUAGGACAUAUUGAUUUAAAGUUCUUACUAUAUCAGCAGUGUCAUAAUCCUGCUGCAAUUCAAGUAACACUUUUGAAGCAGAAUACCAGCGGAUUCGGUUAUCGUAUGAAAGGUCCACAUCUCAAUUAUAAGCAAGCAACAAUGGAUGAGAACAUAGAUUUGACAUUUAAUAAUUACGAUGGUACCAAUGAGAAUCCCGUGUUGAGCGAAGAAUAUUUACAGACUCAUAAUGCUGAAAUUCUCGCUGGUCCUAUUGAGCUGUCGUCUUGUAUCGAUCUUUGCGAUCAGGGUGGUACGGUGACUUUGACCUCGCCGAAACUAUUUAAAACGCGUACACGAAAUUUUCUGCUACACAUUAAAACCAUGUCAGAUCCUGCCAAGGAGGGUCAAAGUAAGACACGUGUGCCUGUGCGAAAGGGUGGAAUAAUGCGUUUACCGUUAUCAUCAUCAUUUGCCGGCAGUGCAACACAUAAUUUUAUGACAAAUAAUACUUCAAGUUCCAAUUCAUCCGCCUCCACCAGUUCGCUUCCGCCAAGCUCAUCAAAAUCACGUUUUGAUUUCUACAUCGGUUGCGAUUGGUUACAUGAGAUAUCCAUCAAUGUGCGUGGCUUGAAAUCCCAAAAUCGCAUUCCCAACGAACGGCUGCAACGCAUAGCAAUGCUCGAUAGUAAUAUUUUACUUGAUAACCUCUUUAAGAUCGUGAGUAGCGCAGAUUCAACAACCCUAGAAAAAAAUCUUGCCUUGGACAUCCUUACGUGGAUUUGUUUCAUACGACUGAAUCGUUAUCGUUCGCCAAAAUCCGAACGUAUUAAAGCACAAAUCAACAAAAACACAGCUUCCACAAACACGGAUUUGAUGGCCCAACAGUUUGAAUGUAUUUGUCUGUCGGAGAAGUAUCUGGAAAACAUGUUGAGAAACUGCAUCAUACACAGCAAUCGCUCAAUGGCGCAUAAAUGUGUGAAACUGAUACUGAUACUAACUGAUGGCAUUUGUAGUCUACCUGUUGAGGUGCAGUCACAUUCCACACUUGACGUUGCCAUCAAGGACGCUGUAGCGAAUACUUUUAACGAGUUACCACGGGCCAAAUUCGCCAGUGUUGUGCGUUGGUAUGCUAUGUUGGCUUGUGCAACAUCGACUUUGGAGUCACAUAACGGUAUAUCUGAGUUGUGCGUAAAAUUGCUGACUGAAAUCACACAAGAAAUCGAUGGACGCUGGGAUCCUUACUGUUCUUUGCUGAGUACAAGAUUUGGACUCUAUGGCUUUCCGUUCGAACCAGAAAUAUUCGAUUACGAUUUGCCAAAUGUAAAUAAAAGCAACGUAGCACUGCCAUCAUCGCUAAUGAAUAUGAUUCGUUCGAAUGCCGGUCUAAUGCAAGCAGCCGGUUUGGAUAUCAAGAAACUCUGUUCCAUUGAUGGUGUAGAUUUCCGCACAUUUCCUCAUUUGAUCAAAUGCAAGAGUGUAAGUAACCAACUGCGUGGCUUAUUGGAGGUAGAACAAUUGCACUAUACAUGCGCCUCGACGUCGGAAGCAACACGGAUCGACAACAUGGACACGGUUUCGGCAAGUAGUGCUUCAAAUAUCAAUAUGGAAGAACUGAUAGUCGCACCUAUGGUUGACAUGCCAAAAGAGCAAGAAGGUUAUAACGCCAAUGACAUUGUUUACAAUGUGGAUACACAAAUUAAGAUAAUUAAUCAUAAGAAAUCGGAUAAUGAAGCAGUGGUAGCUGAAGUACUGAAGCCAAAUGGAAUAUGUAAAUCUUUAGAAUUCAAUCCAACAAACGUCACAAUGAUUGAUGACAAAAUAAAGUUCAAGUGCAUGCCGUUUUUGCCGAAAUUUAAAGCCAUUUGUCAGUAUAUCGAGUAUUGUGAUGAGAGUUUGCAAACGUCGUCUGCCAACAAUAAUAGCAGUAAUACAAAUAACGGUACUGCGCACUCAAGUCUUCAAGCGAAUUCUGAUCCAAAAAUAAACGAAGCCAGUACAAAAGCUAUAACUAUGGCAAAACAAAUUAUUUACGAAGCUGCACAGCAAGAAGAAAAAUUUCAACAGGAACAACUACAAAAACAACAAGAACAACAAAAUCAACAGGAACAAGAUCAACUCAACACACAACCAUCGCAGUCGCAGUCGCAGUCACAGUCAUCGUCUGUUGCUCAACAACAGCUACCUCAAAAGCAACCACAGGCGCUGCAAAACGACAAAGCUGAAACGACAACUGCUGCUGCGGCUACUGUCACUGGCAGCGACAAUUCUAAUGCCACCACACCAAAUUUAUUUGCUUGGCAUAAAUUGUUAGCCCCUCCACCAAAACAAAUGGUGGUGAUUGAUCGUAUGCAUUCAGGAGCUCGUCGUUUUGUGGUUUUGGACUUUGCUUCUCCCAUUUUGCUCACCGAUUUGGUUAUACCCGCGUGCGAUGAGCUGGCUUCGCUUCAUAUAGACAUUUGGUGUUUUGAUGAGGAAGCCGAUAGUGUCCGCCUAGUAGUUGCAUCUGAUAUCAGCACAAAAACUUUAGUAUUGAGCGAUCUCCAACCACCACCAAUUUGUCGCUAUAUGAAAAUUACCAUAAUAGGACGCAUCGGCAUGUCGGCUACGAAAUGUAAAAUUCCAAUUGGUUCUUUUUAUGGUCACGCUGUGGCGUUGGAGCACGACGCUUACGGCGAUUCAUUGCUGCGUUUCAUGAAGCAACCACCGCAAAAUAUACAAACCCAGAUUAAGGCGCUCACAUCGCUGUAUGAGGAUGUGCACUGCCGGUACAGCUUAGCCAGUUGCAAGCUAAUUGAGUUGCUGACACCAAUUCUAAAUUGCGAGAUGUCAAAUGUUGCGCAUAUGCAAGCGUUUAUACACAAACAACGUGAAGAUGAAGCGAAUGCGGUGGAUAACAGUAAAGUUGUCACCAUUUAUGAGGAAUGCAUUUUAUUACAACAUCAAAUAAAUAUUAUACGUAAUGUCAUUGGCCGUUUGGAGAAUUCACUACAACCAGUACAUCACACUCCCGCUAGUUCGUUGGCGAAUGCGAGUUUAAAAAAUGUGUUGCAGUUGGCGUCAAGAGACAAAUUGCGAGUCCUGGGCCAAAGCUUAGUGGAGAUUUUGUUGCAUUUCUCCAUAGAAUAUGGAAUAAAGAACAUUUUACCUGUUCAUCAGCUGUUUACAAUGGAUGUGGCGAAUAUGCUCUUUAAUUCAUUGGUAGUUUACGGUGAUGCCCAUAUCCAAUUAGCGACUUGCUCCUUGUUGGUGCGCAUGUGUUGCUUCCAAAGUUGGUGGGGUGACUUCUUAGCGGACAUCUUCUGCAAUUUGUUUUCAUCACAGAACAGCAAAAUAUUUCCACAAGAUCGCAUUUUCUUCUUACUCACCUAUUUGGGUAGACGUAGUAUUGCAAUGGGGACUUGUCGUUCAAUUGUUAUUGAUGCAGUAUUGAAAACUUUAGCCAAACUAUUGGCACCAAUUUCACCUCGCUAUCAGGAAAGUCAGAUGGCGGCGUCGCAAAUGGAUGACUCUGAUGGCAGUGGAGGUGCCGGUUCUGGUGGUUUAUGGUCUAAAUCAGAUCUGCAGCUAAUAACUUGGCUGUUGCUAUUUUUAUCAGUGUGCUUGGAUGACAGCAAUGACCGUAAAGAUAAGUCUUCGAGCCGCUGGGAUUUCAUGAGCUGUGAAACUGAUUUUACCAAAACGCGCACACAAACAACAAAUACAUCGGGCAAACAGCUGCGUUGCUUUAAGAAACGCAUAGUACAGCAAAACAAAUACAGUGUUCAGCCUUAUACAGAUUGGGGCAAAAAGAUCUUUAUGAUUCAAAAUGAGCAUCCAGGUAUUUUCAUGGAAAUGACAGGCAAACCGAAACCUAGUAAAACCAGCAAGACAAAUAUAACACCAAAAGCAACCAAAGAAAGCAAUCAAGAACCUGAAAACAACUUCGACAAAGGCCUAAAGACAAUACGUCUAAAUAACAUAUUGAUUGUAAUUCGUGGGCUAAUCGCAUUAUUACUGGAAAUGGAUUUUACGUGCAACAUGGAUCAAUUCCUCCUAACAUGUAAGGUCAUAGCGCGUCUGGUGUCUGCAUGUCGGCCUGCCGUUCAGCUAUCGAAAAUAAUUACAACAGUGCAGUUGGAGCAACUUAUUCGUCUAGCUGUGUGGAAUGACCAACAGCAGCCUUGGGCCGUGCAUGCGAUUACCUGUUUACUACAGGACCUACUUGAUGCCGAUAAACACUUCAAAGAUAAUGACACUGUGCCGGUUAAUACGGAAGGUGUACGACCCAUGGAGGGUAUACAAGAGACAAAGGCUUUAUUUUCGGAUUAUUCACAUUAUAUGUCACAGGCCAUGACUUCACAGCUACAAUCAUCUGGCACCGACAUAAUAUAUGCUGAUGGUACGAAAUAUUCGUAUCUGCCUUCUUUAAUUGAAUGCGAGGACACCGAAUUCGAUGAUAUAUUAAACGACAUUGAUAUUAUCGAACGUUCAAAGACGGUGACCAAGAAGGAUAGCAACGCUAUUAACAAGAACACAUUCAACUAUUUUUGUAAAUCAAUAUCUAGUGCAAUGGAUGCACGGCUGGACAUUGGUCUUGAUAUUAAUGUGGAAAUUCAGCUACGCCGAUUGACGAUGGUUUCAUCUUUGGAUAUGUACGCAUCGCUUCCACAGAUAUUAGCUAAUGAAUUUAUUACAACCCCACCAGAGGCGACAGUUUGGCCUGAAUACAUUACCGAUAUUUGGUCAAGUCCGGAGUAUAGUUGUGGACAAAAUACAUAUAAAAUGUUUAAAAAUGUCUUUGACUGUAUAUUCGCGCACUUACACUUACAGGAUACUUGGGUGCAUCUGGAGCAAGUAUUACAAAUGUGGUUGACUUUGAAUGGUGAAUUGUCCGAUAAGCCUUAUAAUGCCGGCAUCACACAGACCGACAUACCCAAGAUACCUUUUGGCGCUCAUGCCGUGCAAGGUCUUCUACUCGCACUGGCUUGGCACAAUGACAUUAAGCUUCGCACAUGGUGCCUCGGAUUUCAGUGUUUAUUUUUAGCGUGCAAUUCCCAAGCUCUGGGUGAUGAUGAUACCGAUUCGACACGUAUUAAUGAGGUUAUCGUUAACGAUGAGAAUUUUGAGAAAAUGCUUCUUCGCUUCUUUUCUGGUUAUGGCAUGAGUUCCUCGAUUAUUACGAAUCGAUGUGCUGGCCCAACAAUUUGCAAACAUUUACACGAAUUGCUGAUGUGGUUGCAUAAAAAGAGCGAAAGCAGUAGUCCGGCGGUGGCCUCAAAUAGACGAAAAUUAAAAGACACUUUAUUGCAUGUAAUAUUGCAGUUGGUGCAGCCAGGAGGUGCAAUUGCCAAUCAGCAAGGGCCAAUCGAUGCUCAAAGUCAAUUGGUGCGGGAUCUACUCUUAAUGCCUACUGAAAAACCAGAUUUAAAUGUGGCGCUGAAUAUAAUAGAAAGUGUUUCGUUUUUGGUGUAUAAUAACAUAUCUAAUGGCGAUAAACUACAAUGUCAACGUUCAUCCGAUUCUCAUAAUGCGAGUACUACCUUUAGCAAUCUGUUUGUCAAUGUGCUUGGUUUAGAGAAUUCGCGGCAGAAUACCACAAUUUCCGAUAAUUCUCUGAUAAUCAGUUUGUUGAAGCUUUCAUCAGCAUUGGCGGAGACUGAACUGCCACGGCAGCCAAGUGAGGUGCCUAUUCCAGAGGAGGAGGAACUAUCCAAUGAAAGCCAAACAGAUGAAACCAAGGCUGAGCAAUUAAAUAUAGAAGGACAUCGUCCGAAGACUCCUUGCAUAGCUGAUACUGUAUUGCGUCAUUUUCCCACAAUGAAACGUUUAUUGGGCUCACUGUCACAUUGCUCGAGUUCGUCUUUCACAGUGAUGGCUUCAUCUUCGAAUUUUUUGCUGGAUGAGCCACAAACCACUGCUGAUGCCGUUUUCAACUUACUUAUUACCCUAUACGACAAAGCUUCGAAUGCGCGCCUUAUUGUUGCACCAAUUUGCCAAUAUUUGGAAGCAAGCACCAUUCAGCGGAAUUCGCUGCCCCGCUUGCAGUUAUCUGAGCCAUUUUUAUGGUAUAUCUCCAAGGUGCUAGAAGUUUCUGUAGCUGUGCAAAUUUUCACUCAGAUGGGUGGGAUAAAAAUAAUUUGCCAAAAUUUGGUGCGAUUGAAUAAAAUUCUUAUAAAUAUGCAACCGGGAUUGAUUUCGCUAAUUAUGCAGCACAUGACGAAAAAUACUAAAUUGAAGUUGCAUUCACAUGCAUGUUUAAAUGGGAAUGGCAAAAAAUCAUCGUCGUCGACCAGUUCUGCGCAGGGUCAGCGUCAUUUUCAAGAUGGCCUCAUCAAUUUCGCACCAUUUUGUACCAUAUCUGCCGAGCAUGAUACGGCACAUUCAGCCGACAUUUUGAUUAUGAAUCCUGUAGCUUCACAUAGGCGCCCUCGCACACCUGCUUGGAGUUAUAUGUUUUAUCCAAAUGAAUCGCACGUAGACUUGACAAUUACACUGCCAACAGCCAUACUGUUGAAGGAAGUACAAUUGCAACCACAUGCCCCCACAUUGGCAUCGUGCCCUUUUGCUGUUGCUUUGGAGAUUUCACGGGAUUACGGCUUGGGUCCGAUUCCAGUGGGUCCACCGCUUACCACAACGGGCAUGACUUGCAUACGUUUGAAGCUGGCUAAUCCGGAAAUAGCCACAAGUGUUGUACUGCGUUUGUAUAGACCGAAAGAUAGCGCCAACAUUGGUCUAUCACAAAUAGCCAUAUUGGGUAACACAAUCUUUGCAUUUAAUUCAAAUUCGUUGGGUAAUGGUGCGAGUGGAAGUAGCAGUGCUGGAGUUGGCGCGUAUGGUACUGGCGGUAGCGGUCCGUUUAAUUCUGCUAGCAGUGGUGCGUUUGGUUCUGAACAAAGCAGUGACGAGGACGACACAUUUGCGAAGACAAGUGUUGGUUGGAUGCGUAUACUAGCACGUUGUUUCAAGGCGCCAUCCAUUAUCUAUGAUGAAAAAUUAGCGGCAGAUGUGGUAGGGGCUUCAGCCGCCUACCCAGGUUUUUUGGAAGCCUGUUGCUCCCUAAUGAAUAUUAUGCCAAUGAUACCAAACGCUGCUUUACAAAAUCUGCAUACUGUUUUACUAAAACUAGGUGCUUACAAUCGCAACUUGUGCCUAUCCAUAAUUCGGAUUUUGCUCUGGGGCACAACCCCGCAGACGUAUAAGCUUUCAAAUGAAAGUAUUUGCAAUUUACUUUACGAGUUGGCAACAACCAAGGAUGGGUAUACGGUGGAUAAGAUUCAAGUAUUGCUUGAGUGGAUCGUGAAGUUGCGCCAGAACUUCAGUAAUCGCACAUUGCGUUGCAAUAAUCCACAAAGUGGUUUUGUUAAGUGCGUGGCAUCGAUUUUGUGGUCGGUGUACACGGAAAAUCAUGUGUCGAAUUUACAAGAUCUAAUUACCAACGACAUUUUUGAUGCCUGUAUGCACUGGAUUGACACGCUGGAAAACGAAGAGCCGCUAAAAGUAGCCUUCGACUCUUUGCUGUGUUCACUGUGUUGUAUUAAACCGGAACUCUUCAAUCAACUGCUUACUCGAGUCAAUGUGAAAGUGCAACAAACCCAUGAAAUGGGCAGUAGCUCUGCAAGUGUCAAUUCUGCAGGAGCGGCGCAAGUGCCUGCAAGCGAUACAGGUAUUGGCGGUGGAUUAACCGAUGAUAAUAAGGGCCAAAGCGGUAGUGCCUGGUUUGCUAGCGUGGCUGCAGCCAACUUAACGACACUGUUGCAACGACCGGCGUAUUUGGCAACACUAGCAUUGGCGUGCCAAUCUCCAUCUGCUGUUUAUCAACUGGUUGACUCAGGUCUGCCAAAAUUAUUGGCAUAUGCUCUGUAUGUCUACUGUAGUGCUUUGUUGCCCGAGGUGAAACGUUCCGCCCCACAAGCAACAGCGAGCACCUCUGCAACGGCCACCACAAUUCAUGCAGUUUCGCCAUCGACUUCCGCUUCCGCUUCAGCAGCGGUUGGACAGCACACAACAUCAAUACAAGUAACGGGCCCAUCAAGCGCAUGCCUAACCGAUGCUGACAAAGCAGAAUGUGUUGAUGACAAUACAUUGGCCAUGAGUGAUGUUAUUGUGCCACUACUAAGCUGUGCGCAUGUUCCGAAAGUUUUGGAUUUCUUUUCGGAAUGUUGUGCAGAGGGCCACAUGCGGGAUUGGUUGGGUACGCAGCAGGGCGCUAUCUUUUGGAAACCGUUGCUGGAGUUACUGUGCAAUUACCGUCCCAUGGAGUAUGCUGGUGAGGAACCCAUGCAACAAGCGUUCAUACGUAUGGAACGUGCCACCAUAAACUUCUUCACACGCGUUAGUGCUUGCCAUCCUAAAAAUCAGGAUACAUUGACCACUUUGCUGAUUUCCGUGAUUCGACAACCAAUACAAGGUCCAAUGAAUGGCAAGACUACUAUCUCUGGUUUUACGAGACAAAUCGUUUUACAAUUGUUGUUGGAGAAUGAACGAAUUCUGGUAUCGGUACGGAGUAAGCAACCACUGCAGAAACGCGACACCUUGUCAGCUGCGACAGCCAAUACUGCUUCGAAUAGUAGUGUAUCCAUGUCAUUGGUGAAUCAUCAUCCAUCUAAGCGUAUUAACGCGCACCAUUUCCUCUUCAGCGUGAGUGCGAACACGAAAUGUCAAGAAAUACUACAGAAUUGUGUUACUGUGCACACUAUUAAAUAUUCCGCUAUGCUAAUAGACACGCGAACAGGGGAGGACGUCAGCAAGAGAACCAGGAGCGUUUCAAAAACCAAAAAUAGCGAAUUAAGUGGUAAGCAUGAUAGCGAAAAGCCAAACAAUGAUGUAUACGGUGGCAUUUCAUUGAACUUUAAUGGCUUAGAGAAUGGCAUGGAGUUCUUGAGCGUUGCAGCUGGAGUCACAGCGAAGGAUAAACGUAUUAAAGAUGUGAAAAAUCAAGUGGCGGCUAACAAGGAACAGAAAGAAUUUUUUCCAAUUAUACCAAAAUACUUCACCGUGGAGGACUUUUUAUCGCCAGCAAAUAGUUCCAUUUUAUGCUUCUCUCAACUCGUUCAUCCAGAUUGUCCGGAAGUUCAGUUUACAAACGAUACAACCAUUGCACAAAUCCUUGCAACUUUACACAGCAAGGGCCAUUCGUUAUCAACACCGUGCAUUACUCUGAACAUAAUACCCUCUAAGACAGCCGAAGAAAACGAGGAAUUUGUGAUUAACGCUGGCGAUAUGGAGCCGCUUCCAUCUCCCUUACAACGCUUCUCUAGCCGUGGCGGUUUGUCACUACUCGCGCAGUAUUUGCCCACAGUUUAUCCCGACAGUACUGGUCGCAAAACCCCUACCACAUUGCCGGAGAAAGAGAAGAGCCCACCAAUGACUGAAUGGGUGAAAUUGGAGCCCAACGAUGAAAUAUACGAAGAUCUGGAAGAUCCAAUAACCGAACCAACUUCUAAGCAUACUGCGAUUACCAGUGUUCCGCAGCACUCUCUCGCAGCUUUUGGGCUGUUCUUGCGUUUGCCACCAUAUUCGGAUGUACUGUUGCGCGAUAAAGUACGUGCGCAAUGUCUGUUACGACUGGUACUAGGUGUUACAGGUGACGGCGAAGGAAACGAUAUCUAUAGUUUGUCCGUUGCAUCAUCUCUUCCAACGUUACCUUUUGAGGUAUUCCGCCAACUGCUAGACAACUCACCACUCACAACGGAUGACGGUAUGCUACUGAGACGAAUGGUCAUUGAAGUGGGUGCUAUGCAUUUAGUUUUGAACUGUUUGGGUGUAUUUACGCAUCAAUCGCAAAAUUAUCAAAUUACCAGCCCACAAACUGAGGUGAGUUGGGAUGAGUGGAACUGCAAUUUAUUUGACUUUUGCAUCAUUAAUCCGUUUUCACAGUCUGCCACUAGCGGUAUUAAAACGACAACAAGUAAUAAUGUCGAUGACUCCUUAGGGACAUCUGAUGAUAAGGGGCAUAUGUAUUGGGCUAAAGGCACUGGUUUUGGUACAGGUUCGACGGCACAGUCAUGGAAUGUGGAGCAAGCGUUAUUGCGGCAAAAGAGCGAAGAAGAGCAUGUAACAGUUCUAUUGCAAGUACUCUCCAGUUACAUUAAUCCCGGUGAUAAAAUCCCCGCUGCUCUACAAUCGGACGAAAUCAUGGCAUAUCAUGAAAUAAGCGAAGUAUCUGGUGAAUUGCCCGCCUUAUUUCUGGUUCUAUUGCAACAGUCGUGUCUCAUUCCGGCAUUAAGUUCCUACCUGCGAAAUGACUCCGUAUUGGAUAUAACCAGACACAUUCCUUUAUAUCGCGCAAUUUUGCAGUUGCUAAGAGCAUUAUCACUUUCUCCAGAAUUAGUUUCACUGCUGCAGCCGUCGGCAAAUAAUGGUGAAAGUUCGCCUGCGAUUGCCGAGUUGCUUUUAAAUAUGAAAACAUGCGUUGAUACGUAUGCAAAACGCUUGAAGGUUAAUAAAAAGUCCAAUAUAAAGGGGCAAACACAGCAGGUGACUGUCAGCAUUGAUGAUGGCGAUGAUGAGGGACUCGCAUUGCUUAUACCGGAUAUUCAAGAAACAACGGUGCUGGUGCAAAAGACAACUAAUGCAGAUGCACUGGCUAAUCAGCAGCGUUUGGACCGGGAAUCCGGCGGAAGUAGCACUGCGAACAUUGAACGCAUGCCUCAAAAUAAAUCAGUAGAGCAACGUUACCUGGAGGUGAUGAAAAAACUCCAGUUCGAUACUGCGGAAAUGAUUGUGGAGGCAGAAAAUAAUGGCUUCCGUUUUGUCAUUUCACAUCAUUUUGAAAAGAUGGUGCGUAUGGCAGGUGAUCGUUACCAUCCAUCACGGGUGAAGCGUUUGGCUCAGGAGGCGGUGACGCUCUCCACAAGCUUGCCAUUGUCAUAUAGUAGUUCCGUCUUUGUACGCUGUGAUACCGAUAGACUGGAUAUUAUGAAAGUGCUGAUUACUGGACCUGCAGACACUCCAUAUGCGAAUGGAUGCUUUGAAUUUGAUGUUUUCUUCCCGCCCGAUUAUCCAAAUCUGCCGAUGAUGAUAAAUUUGGAAACAACGGGCCGGCAUUCAGUGCGCUUCAAUCCUAAUUUAUAUAACGACGGCAAGGUCUGCUUAUCUGUGCUGAACACCUGGCAUGGCCGGCCCGAAGAAAAAUGGAAUGCGCAGACCUCCAGCUUUCUGCAAGUUUUGGUAUCCAUUCAGUCUUUAAUUUUAGUGCCAGAACCAUAUUUUAACGAGCCUGGGUUUGAACGGAGUCGCGGCACACCCAGUGGCACACAUUCAUCCCGUGAAUAUAAUAGCAACAUUUACCAAGCUUGCGUACGAUGGGCAAUGCUGGAGCAAAUACGCAAUCCAAGCCCUUGUUUCAGAGAUGUUAUUCAUACCCAUUUUUGGCUUAAACGCAAUGAAAUAUGUUCGCAAAUUGAAAAUUGGAUAGAAGAGCUAAGCAAACCGCAAUACAGUGAACGAAAUAGUCGUACCAUAUCAUUUAAUUCGAUGGUUUUACGCCGCCAAUAUCGUCAUUUACGUGAAGAGCUUGCAAAAUUAAAAGUGCCCGAGGGUUUAGAAGAUCUCGACACGCCAUUUAACCCGAAUGUUAAUCUGCCUGCAAUGACUGAAUCUACCAGCGUCAAUAAUGGUACUAACACCACGACUGCGACGCCUGUAACAUCGACUGCAAGCCCUAGCGUAAUCGGCAGUAAAUCUGACAGCAGCGCCAAUAACAACGGCAACGACAACGUCAAUGAAACUGAAAAUAAGGCUGCAAAUGUAAGCAGUGGGAGUGAUAAUUCGGCCGCGCCGGCGUCGACAAGUAGUAACAGUAAUACUAGCAACACAGUUGCCACCCAAAUGUCAGUACCAACAAUAUCAAAUACACAACCGGCCACUGGUGAAAUUCCGAAUCAGCCGUCAGCGAAAACUUCCGAAUCUUCUUCAUCUGCAUCUACCACAUCUUUAGCACUGACAACAUUUAUGCGACAAAGUGUACCGGCUUCCAUGUUGGUUGAAGUUAACAAUGAAUUCGAUGAUAUGAGCGAUGCAACAAUGAUAAUGCCACCUCAGCCGCCAGUUCCAGCUCCAGUAACCGCCAAAGUGACCACUGUUGAGGUGGCAACUACACAAGCCGGUGAGGACGGUGAAGCCGAUGACGAGAUUCAGAUCGAUUCCAGCGAUUACGAUUACAAUGCUGAUUUGGUGCAAGUAAUUUUUUUCGGCGAUGAUUCGCAAUUUGAAAAUUCCAAAUUAGGUGAUUUCAAUGAAUAGACUUCGUAAUUACACGGCAGAAGUUAGAUGAUGGAUGAACGCCCAUUUUAUGUGCUUUAUUUCAAAUCAAUUUUAAGUAUGUGUGUGUGUUAUCCAAUACUUUCUACUAUUAUUAAUUUUAUUAAAUAAUUUUUUAUAACAUCAAAAUAGAAAUCUUUUGUUUAUAUACAAUUGUACGAUUAUAUCAAUUUGUUGCUAACAAAUGAAUUGUGUCUUUUACUUUAAAUAAACUGUAUUCAAAUCUUAUUGAAAGA